CGGCUGCCUCCACCUGCCCAGUGACCAUGAUAGUGUUUGUCAGGUUCAACUCCAGCCAUGGUUUCCCAGUGGAGGUCGAUUCUGACACCAGCAUCUUCCAGCUCAAGGAGGUGGUUGCUAAGCGACAGGGGGUUCCAGCUGACCAGUUGCGUGUGAUUUUCGCUGGGAAGGAGCUGAGGAAUGACUGGACAGUGCAGAACUGUGACCUGGAUCAGCAGAGCAUCGUUCACAUUGUGCAGAAACCAUGGAGAAAAGGCCACGAAAUGGCUGCAACUGGAGGAGACGGCCCCAGAAGCACCACUGGGGGCCCUGGCAGGGAGCCCCAGAGCUUAACUCGUGUGGACCUCAGCAGCUCCCUCCUCCCAGCAGACUCAGUGGGGCUGGCGGUGAUUCUGGACACCGAGAGCAGGAGUGAUCCCCCACGAGCGGCAGGUCCAGGCAGACCAGUCUACAACAGCUUUUAUGUUUACUGCAAAGGCCCCUGCCAUAGAGUACAGCCAGGAAAACUCAGGGUCCAGUGCAACACCUGCAAACAAGCAACGCUCACCUUGGCCCAGGGUCCAUCUUGCUGGGAAGAUGUCUUAAUUCCAAACCGGAUGAGUGGUGAAUGCCAGUCUCCAAACUGCCCUGGGACUACAGCAGAAUUUUUCUUUAAAUGUGGAGCACACCCAACCUCCAACAAGGACACCUCAGUAGCUCUGAACCUGAUCACAACCAACAGUCGAGACAUCUCUUGCAUAACGUGCACAGACGUCAGGAGCCCUGUCCUGGUUUUCCAGUGCAACUAUCGCCAUGUGAUCUGCUUAGACUGUUUCCACCUGUACUGUGUGACAAGACUCAACGACCGGCAGUUCGUCCACGACCCUCAGCUUGGCUACACCUUGCCUUGUGUUGCUGGCUGUCCCAACUCCUUGAUUAAAGAGCUUCAUCACUUCAGGAUUCUGGGAGAAGAGCAGUACAGCCGCUACCAGCAGUACGGCGCCGAGGAGUGUGUGCUGCAGAUGGGGGGCGUGCUGUGCCCCCGCCCUGGCUGCGGAGCGGGGCUGCUGCCCGAGCCAGGCCAGAGGAGAGUCGCCUGUGAGAGGGACAGCGGCCUGGGCUGUGGGUUCGUCUUCUGCCGGGAGUGUAAGGAGGCCGACCAUGACGGGGAAUGCAGCGCUCUGUUUGAGGCCUCAGGAACAGUCGCUCAGGCCUAUAGAGUUGAUGAAAGAGCAGCGGAGCAAGCCCGCUGGGAGGAGGCCUCCAAGGAAACCAUCAAGCAGACCACGAAGCCCUGCCCUCGGUGCCACGUUCCUGUUGAGAAAAAUGGAGGAUGCAUGCACAUGAAGUGUCCGCAGCCCCAGUGCCGGCUCGAGUGGUGCUGGAACUGUGGCUGCGAGUGGAACCGCGUCUGUAUGGGGGACCACUGGUUCGACGUGUAGCUGAGCGUGCCCGCGCCGUCCCCCAGAAACACGCACAGCG